UGGCUGACCAGGCGCUAGACAUACACCGCUCAGUAUGGCGCUCUCGUUCACCAGGGUGAGGCUUCGCUCAUGAAUGUCCUAUGGCGCUUCCAUUCAGCACAGACUCUCGCGUUGAUCAGCCCGGAAUCUACUUUGUUGAUCUAUUGCAAAUGGUCACCCUCGUAAUCCUUUCAUUCCAACUCGAUCGCCUUGCCUGAGGCUCUAACUAUGGUGAACUUGACAGACCACUUAACUUUAUCUUUUAAUCGACCCAUUUCAGCACAUCCAGGAGCAUAUAUCUUCCUUCUGCAUCCCACACCACUUCCUCUUCGGCCUUCCCCAAAAUUGUACCCACGACCACUGUCUCGCCACAUAUACUGUCUACCACGUUCACUUCAUCAACACAUUCUGUCACUCCAACAACGCUCUCCACAUAGCCAGCCUCCAGCAGUAUCCUGCCUAAAAGUGAUAUGGCAGAAUCUCAGUCCACAGCUCAAACAGUCGGUAGAGGAGAACACGACCUUGGAAUUCGCAUACUUGUGGCCGUCGUCAUUCUCGUUGGCAUCCUCCUCGUGUUUUACUUCUUCAUGAGGCGGCUUCGGAAGCAACAACAAAAACGGAUGCGAGAUCUCGAAAAUGGGUUGGUGGAGGUCAAGGAAUCUCAUGCUAUGAGAUCCUUAGAUGAUACUCUGAAAGGUGUCUCGGAUAGAUCCGGAAGCUGGGAGUCCUACCACUCAAGCCCGUUCUCUGGCAAGUUUAAUGUGCCUUCUGGUGUUGUCCCACAUCGUCUUUUCCAUCCAGGAAUCAAGCGCUCUCGUUCAAUCCAAAGUCCACAACCAAUCCGCCUCCAAUUGCCCUGCCAGUCAUUCUCCUAUCCACAUCUCAAACGAUAUCCAUCGUCGUCGAGUACCGCCUCCUUCAACUCAUACCUAAACAAACCCAUGUCACCAUCAACAACGAUGCAAACUCGAAGACCUGAAACUCCACCUCCUCCGCCUCAAGUAGAGGAGAUCAUAAUGAUGGCCACUACACCUCCACAUCUGCGCCAAGUAAGAUCUAUCUGGUCUUUUUCUGCCGCUUCGUCAGUACCGUCCUCGUCGCCAAGCGUCUACUCCACAACCCCAUCACGCCCAAAGCUAUUUGAGCCAUCGCGCCUCUCAAUCCCAAGGGACACCUCUCCGGAACCAUACUCUCUUCCUUCGUCUCCUUUACCCUCACCACCACUCAGCAUUCACGACCCCGACGAACCGCGACCAAGACUUCACUCCCUCCAACCACCCCCACAAGCACGAAAUCCAUCACCACCUCCGCCUCUCCCUACUCCAAAGAACACCCUACGCCAAUCAAUCCCCAUUGAACCCCUUCCUCUUUCCGCUGCACUCGGCCAGCACGAAUUUCCAAAUACAGAACAAGCACUCGCCCUCUCAACUUUAUUAUCCCUUCCUCCUUUCGUCGAGCGACCACUGACCGAGGGCUCGGAUUCAACAAUCGAACGAUGGCUUGACGGAUAUACAGGCACGGCCUCAGAGCUCGGGUCGAUCCUCGGAGAAAGCGACGCGGCCACCCAGCCUAGGACCCGGAGGAUUCAGUCACUGAGUCUCAUUCCGAGGGUUCAAUCGGUCAGAUCAUCCAUACGGCGACUUUCGGAGAGUGGGCCGCAGUGGAUUGGGGCUGCGUUUUAGAUCCGAGGGACGGGACGUAAUGAGAACUUAGUGGUGGGGAAUGGAGAGAAUGUUGUAAUGGGAUGAUAUUGGAUGAUAAUGAAGUAUGAUGUGUUCUAAUCCGAGAUUGUAACCGCUAUGUGUGCCGUGGCUGAACGCCUCGUUUUGGUGUACUGUAAUGCGUCUCUCAGGAAAAGGGAAGGGGUCUCAGCCGUGAAGAUGCGAUUGUUUCGGAAGCGGGUUCCGAGAUCCACAUGGCGUGCUGCAUUCCGCGACCCGUGUACCGAGGCGGUGGGACAUCAAGUCCUCAAGAUGCCAAU